UCACUUUCAAUAAAGAAAACAAGCUGAUUCAGCUUAUAAUGGCGACCUCUGGAGAAGGCAGCCAGCCCAGUGGCACAGCAACACCCAGGCCACUGGCACAGCUGCAGGAGCUCGAACCGCGGGUAGCCCGCAGACGCCUGUCCCAGGCCCGCCAUAGGGCCACCCUGGCAGGGCUCUUCACCAACCUAAGGAAGACUGUUUACUCCCAGUCUGAGCUCACAGCCUCGAAGUGGCAGGUUCUGAAUAAGGCGAAGAAUCACAUUCAGGAACUGGAACAAACCCUGGACAACUUGCUGAAAAUGAAAGAAUCCUUCAAUCUGGAGGAUGGGAAUGCAAGCAGCUUAGAGGAAGUCAAGGAAGAAUAUGCCAGAAUGUACUCUGGAAAUGACAGUUUUCCUCAGAAUGGCUCCUCCACCUGGUAUCUCAACUUUUACAAGCAGACGAUGGACCUCCUGACAGGGAACGGCAUCGUCUCCUCGCAGGAGGUGACGCUCCCCAUCGUCUCUGCGGCCAUCUCCCACCUGUGGCAGACGCUCUCCGAGGAGAGGAAGGCCAUCCUCCUGCAGACCUGGGCGCAGAAGCACGGCGGCCUCCCGGGCCUCGCGGUGGCCUGCCAGGAGCCCGUGGGUGCCGAGGGCAGUGUGAAGGACAGCGGAGUAGACAGCCAGGGGGCCAGCUGCUCGCUCGUGUCCACCCCGGAGGAGCUCCUUUUUGAAGACGCCUUUGAUGUGGCAAGCUUCCUGGACAAAAGUGAAGCUCCCAGUACCUCCAGCCCUAGUUCAUUGUUUGCCAUCUGCAACCCAGAAAACCCAGAGGGGAAGUUUCAGCUCUAUAUGCAGAUCAUUGACUUUUUUAAAGGCCUUUGCUGCAUUAACACUCAGUUAAAACAG